GCUGCUGAGAUCAAGCACGGAAGAGUGGCUAUGAUGGCCGCACUUGGGGCCGUCGUUCAGCACUUCGUGAAGUUCCCUGGCUUCGAGGGGGUCCCAGCUGGACUCGGCGCCGUGACGACCGCGCCGGGCACCUAUGGCUUUGUGGCGCUCUUCCUGCUCAGCGGCGCCAUGGAAUUGGGCGUCUGGACUCAGGACCCCAGCAAGGAGGCCGGAGACUUCGGUGAUCCCCUGGGCCUUGGCCAGUACAACGAGGACAUGCGCGCCAAGGAGAUCAACAACGGACGCUUUGCCAUGUUUGCUGCGCUUGGAAUCAUCUCCGCCGACCUGUUGACUGGCAAGGACGCGAUCCAGCAGUUUGGGGCCUAA